GGGCCUGCGCCGGCGGCUGCGCGCUGCCGCUCGCUGCGCUCCAGUUCGCCCGGGCGGGCGCGGCGAGGGCGGCGGGCGCGGGCCGGGGCGAUGCGGCGCUACCUGCGCCUUGCGGUGCUGUGCGUGGCCUGUGGCUUCUGCUCGCUGCUCUACGCCUUCAGCCAGCUCGCCGCAUCGCCGGAGGAGGGCGCGGGCGGCGGCGGGAGGCCGCAGGCCGCAGAGACUUCCUGGCUGGCGGGCAGCGGACGCGGCGCCGCGGGACGGCCGGGCAGCGCGGGCCCCGGGGUGCUUCCCGGCCGGCCGGGCAGGUGUAAAGAUUUCUCUCUGUGUUACUGGAAUCCCUAUUGGAUGCUGCCCUCUGAUGUUUGUGGAAUGAACUGCUUUUGGGAAGCGGCUCUUAGGUAUAGUCUGAAAACACAGCCCAUUGAGAGAAUGCACUUAGCUGUAGUUGCCUGUGGUGAAAGACUGGAAGAAACCAUCACCAUGUUGAAGUCAGCUAUCAUUUUCAGCAUCAAACCUCUCCAGUUCCAUAUUUUUGCUGAAAAUCAACUACACACUAGUUUUAAAGGCAUACUUGACAGCUGGUCAUUGCUACAAACAUUUAAUUAUUCAUUAUACCCAAUAACUUUCCCAAGUGAGAAUGCAGUGGAAUGGAAAAAACUCUUUAAACCAUGUGCUUCGCAGAGAUUGUUCUUACCGUUACUCCUAAAAGAUGUUGACUCACUUCUAUAUGUCGACACUGACAUUCUGUUUUUACGGCCUGUUGAUGAUAUUUGGUCUUUGCUAAAGAAGUUUAAUGCCACACAAAUUGCUGCAAUGGCACCCGAACAUGAAGAGCCUCGAAUAGGGUGGUAUAACCGCUUUGCCAGGCACCCGUACUAUGGGAAAACUGGAGUCAACUCUGGAGUCAUGUUGAUGAACAUGACUAGAAUGAGAAGGAAGUAUUUCAAGAACGAUAUGACAACUGUUCAACUACAGUGGGGAGAUAUUCUUAUGCCACUGCUUAAGAAAUACAAACUCAACAUCACAUGGGGUGAUCAAGAUCUGCUGAACAUCAUUUUUUUUCACAAUCCAGAAAGCCUUUAUGUUUUUCCCUGUCAAUGGAAUUAUCGACCAGAUCAUUGCAUAUAUGGAAGCAAUUGCAAAGAAGCAGAAGAAGAAGGGAUCUUUAUUCUCCAUGGAAACAGAGGUGUUUACCAUGAUGAUAAGCAACCAGCAUUUAGAGCUAUUUAUGAGGCGCUAAGAAAUUGUUCUUUUGAAGAUGACAACAUCCGUUCCUUAUUGAUGCCUCUAGAACUGGAACUACAAAAGACUGUGCAUACAUACUGUGGGAAGAUUUACAGCAUAUUUAUCAAGCAGCUUGCAAAAAGCGUAAGAGACCGUUACGACAGACCAUCAAAGGAAAGGUGAUUCUUGGUGACUGCUGAAUCCAGUGAAUUAAAAACAACAAACUAUCAGAGGAUACAUGUGAAGAAAUAAUCUCAGAUGAAGUAUUCAGGAAGAAAUUAUUCAUUUUCAGAGUAAUUUUUUUUUUCUUCCUGAAGGAGCUAAGUGGUAUAUCCAUGUAAUGAAGAAUAUGUUAAAAUUUUGGACCCCAACAGAAAGACGUUUAAAAAAAACACCCGAUGUUUUAUAAUGUUAUUUGCUAUCAUUCUGGUAUUGAUGAAAUCAUUAUUGAUUUGUUGUAGCCUACAAACUGAAUCUUAUUCUCAAGUGAGUAAGAACGAUAGGGCUGUAUGGAUGGAGAAAAUGUACCUCAUACACAGUGGAAACACUCAAACUGUGAGAAUAGCAAUAAUUUAAUGUCAGCACUAACCUCACUUUAAAUGUGUGAGAAAAAAAAGUUGUUUACAAGAGCAGAAAAAGGUUCUGUUUCUAAAGCAAUGUGAUGUAAGUGGUGUAACUGUUGACAAUCUGUGUGUGCCUUUUUGCAUUUCAUCUCUGUUUUAAAAUGUUUCUGUGACAAUCAUGUCUAAAAUUUUUUGUAGAUUGUAAGGAAGCUGCACGUUUCAAACUGAGUGGAAAGAAGGAAAGCAGUGAACUUUCUGGAGAAUUUGUUUCUCUCCUGUGUGUUUGUGAAAUGUAAUGUUUGCAUCGUGUGUAUAUGCUAAACUCCCUUGCCAAAACUCAAAUUGAAGAUAGUUUGAGAUUUUAUGGGAUAUUUUUUUAAUCACUUUAAAUGAAAACUUUUUAGCUUUACUGGGCAUUCUGGAAGCAAAAAGUACUAGGCUAUAAAGUGAAAACCUAGAUACUAGCUUAUGAUGGUAGGAAAUGAAAUGGACCAGAAUUCAUAAGCUAAAUACUUCCUGUAAACUUAGUUACAAUGUAGCAAAGUGUUUCUUUUAAAACUUUUUUUCCUUCUACCUCGAAAUGGUUUUGCAAAAACAUUUUUGAGAAAGCAAAUAUGUUUUCUAGAGAGCCUUACUCGACAACUUUCAUGGAUGAUUUGGAUUAAGAUUGUUAACAUCUGAUUGUAGUAAAAGUUUUGGUGGGGUUAAUGUGCAUAUCUUCUUUUUAUGAAUGUCAUUUAAGACAGUUGAUUUUUAUUUUUUUAAUCUUGAAGGUAAAAAAAAUACUGACUUCUUUCAUUCAGUGCUGGUUUGAAUAUCUGAGUACCUUGCAUUUAUUGUGCUAGGGCACUUGUCUCAUUUUACCAAGUGAUAUAUAUUAUCUUCUUUUUUUUCUCAUUUUGAUAUCAAGCCAAAUAGAAAAGGGGGACACCAUGAAGGGCAGAUAGUGACAUGUGAAAAUAGUGGUGGUGGACUUUAAGAAGACACUGUGUCCUAUGUAGAGACAUGGGAAAUGUAAGGGAGGGGCGGUCAGUACAGUUUUCCACUGUCUUUUGCAGCUCAAUCAGGGACAGAUAGGAAGGUGUAAGACAGGCCAAUUAGAAGCGAAGAACCCAGCUCUCUUUAAACUGAACUAGUGGCUAUGCCAUGGGAGUUUAUAAACUUUGUUGAAAGUAAGGGGCUAGCUAGAAAAUGAGAACUGAAGACUUACACUGUUGGGAGGACAUGCGUAAUCAUAUCGAAUGUCCUCGUGUGAAAGAAUUGUCUGCCCAGCUCUAUAACUAGACUACUGUUGUUAAGAAGCUGCUGAGAAUACAUUUCUUGUCUCCGUCUUUUAAGACCGGAUACUGAGGUAUUAGCAAACAUUUUUUAUUUUUAAUGAAGAGGUUAAGAAUUAUACAAUAGUGAAAAUACUCAAUAGUCUGAUGGUGGUCUUUGUCUAUAUCAAGUAAUUAAUCUACAUUUUACUACAUUUCCCUUUUUUUUCUUUUAAUUUAUUUUAAAUUAUUAUUUUUGCCACCAGAGUUUUUGCUGGGGCUUUACACUUGCAUGACUGCUCCUAGUGAACUUUUUCUCUAGGUAGAGUGUGAGAGAGAGGGAGAAAGAAAAGGAGAGACAUCAUAAUACUGCCCUUCCACUCAUAAGGCUUCCCCUGGGCAGGUUCUCCCAUGUGGUGACCAGGGACUUGAACUUGGGUCCCUAUGUGUGGUAAAGUAUACACUCUACCGCAUAAACUAACUCCCGCCCCCUAGUCCCUCUUUAAAGAUACUUGAAGUGUCUUUAAGAAAAUUCCAGGCAUCAUGCUAUUUCAUGCUAUGCACACUUGAUAACUAUAAUUGUUACAACUCUUUUUACGUCUUUUAACAUCUAGUGCUUGAGCAAAUUUUCCAGAUUCUUUUAGAAUUGGAGCACAAAAAUAGAUCCCAUUGUGAUUUGUUUUUAUCAAGACCCUAAGGUUUUUGAUGUCAGUAGUUUGGGAACCACUAAAAGUUAUUUUGCCAGCUUGAAGGAUGAUUAGAAUAUCAUACUUGUUGGCACAGCUGAUUAUAAAUCAGAUCCUGAAAUAAUUUGAUCAGAGGAGAUACUCUGGAUUAUUGGCAGAGUAGAACUUUGUAUUAGUAGAAAGUUCUUAGAUUUAAUUCCAUCAGAAUCAGCCCCAUGAAUUCCUACAUGGUUGAUAGGAGCUAUGUGGAGUGUGGCCAUAGCUUAGUCCAACUGGUCUACAGACUGUCCAGUGACAGGGUGGGCUGGGCUUGUGAGCUGUGGCGUAGCCCACUGUCACACACUUCACCUUGUGGAUCAGCUAGAAGAGGAGCUGUCAUCUGACUAGGCACCUUAAACUUAACCUAGUUUGACAUUUUGCCACAAAUUAGGAAGGAAGAAAACUUAGGAACUUUUUUUUUUUUUAAAUUCAGGACAUUACAGAAAGUCUAACAACAUAAAAAUGAAGUUCCUUAAUUUACUUUUAGAGAAGGCAAUUUUUUCUCCUUGAGAAUUCUCAAAAUCUGAUGUUCUUAGUGUUAAUGAAGCUAAAUUACAGAUGGACAACAUGGAGAGAACGCAUUACAUUGUUUGCCAGUGUAAGUGUUCUUUUCAUAAAGCAGUGAUUCUAUGCAGUUUGUAAUCACAGAUAUAAUCAUUAAGUAUAUGUGUUAGAACAAUUUCUGACCUCACAGAUAUCUCUGGGCUACAGUAUUACCAAAGUGGAGUGACUUUAAAAUGUAGUCAGGCUUGAUUUGUGUGAAGUAGCCAUUAUUAAAGAAUUGGAAAUCCAUAUUGUGAUUUAUAUUCAAAGAAAAUGUGUGUGUCUCCACUACCUCCUGCCCUCUGAAGACUAGCUCAUAGUGAAUAAGGAAACCAGGUUCUCUGUGCCUUCCGUGCUGGAAGCAAUGAUGUUACUGCUAACUCAUUGCUUUCUCUUCUUGCCUCCAAUCGGAUGUUACUGGUUUAAUGUUACUGGGGCUGGGGGUGGGGGGAAAUUCAGACUGGAUAUCAGUAGGUCUGAAUUCUCUUCUUAGGGACUCUGGGCCUAGCAUCAAACAUUCCUGUGCCUUCGGUUUAUAAAUAGUCAACAUGUCCUUACAAUCUCACGAGAAGAGGAGAGGCACUGAAGAAAUGAGGAUGGAUUCAAAAGUAUGUUGCAUGGCUUAUGUGGUGCCUUGCUGACAGUGACUGUUCAUGUGUUCUGGCCUGAUGUAAAUGUGCCCAUUUUUCUAAGGCAGAAGUUUCUUUGGUAGGUUUUUUGUUUGUUUGCUUGCCUGCUUGUAUGGUACUGGGGAUUGAACUCAGGACCUCAUGCUUGUGAAGCAUGUGCUUUACCACUGAGCUACCUCCCUGCUCAGUGAGAAAGUGUAUGUGGUGUGUGUGUAAGGUUUUUUUUGAAGAGAGGUAGAUACAGAGUGAAAGACCACACAGCACUGAAACUUCCUUCAGUGUGGUGGGGGCCAGGCUGGAACGUGAGUUGUGCAAAUGCCAAGGCAGUGCACUAUCCGAGUGAGCUAUUUUGUUGGCUCAAAGGAUGAGCGUUUAAGGAAGAGAAAGCAGAGAAGAAUGAAGUAAAUGAAUGAUCAUGAAAGAAGGGAACGUGUGGAAGUGAGAAAAGUGAUGGAGAGAAGGGGAGAAGGGUAGGAAUGGCAGAAGGCAGAUUGAGUGAAAAGAUGAAUUAAGUAAGUAAGUUAAGCAGAGUGGAGAGCAAGUGGGGAGACAGUCCUCCCCUGAGUUGUCAUGCUCCACCCCAUGCCUUGCUGGCUUGCCUUCCUCUUAUUCAGUCUGGGCGGUUCCUCGGGGUCUGUCGCUGACUUUCAUGGAAAGGGCAGCAAGACGAGCAUUGACUAAUACAAGAGUCAUUUACUGGUCACCUUACUCAGUGAUCAGUGAUGCUGAUGAUUCUGGUGCUAGUAAUGCAACCUUUUUAUUUUUAAGUUGGACUCCAGUUUGUGAGCUAAGACCUGUGGAAAUAACAUCUCAGAUUUUGGCUAGGAGAAGGUAAUAGGUUGACAGUGGCAGUCGGGGGUGGAGAGGCUUUGUUGCAGCUGAAGGAGGUCCAGGUGGCUGUGGCUGCAGUUUUCCUAGAGAUGCUGCUAGAAAUCACUCCUCUGAUUCAUUGGCAGGUUCAAUGUUCAGUCAUAUCUGUACUACUCCUCAGUAGUCAGACUUUCAGCUGAAUCAUUCCAAAAAUGGAUUGAAGAGAAAAGACAGCACAAACAUUUUGGGAGAAAAAAUCUUAGAGGUAGUAUUCAGUGUCUUUUACUUUAGACGAAGUUUUAGGAGUUAGAAGUUGUAAGUAACAAACAACUUUGUAGCAACCAGAACUUUCUCUUUUUUUUUUUCAGGGGGGAGAGGAAAGAUCACUGUUUUAUUUAAUUAAAAUAACUUGAUGCUCUAGAAAGAAAAAACUUGUAGAAAAGAAAGAUUGCUGGAGUCAAGAGUGGGGCCAAUUAUGCAUUUAUUAACUAAUAUUAAGUGUCUUAAAAGAAUCAUUGCCUUAUUACAUUUUAGUAUUUAAUAAAAGUAGGUCAAUAAUGAUUUGUACUAUAUCAGUUAUCUUUUUAUACAUUGCCAAAGGACUCCCCCCACCUUUCCCUAUUAAAGUCUGGCUAAACUGUU